GCAGCACAAGGAUGAAAUAGCUGGAGACAUUUUUGAUAUGCUUCUCACGUUCACUGACUUUCUGGCAUUUAAAGAGAUGUUCCUGGAUUACAGAGCUGAGAAAGAAGGACGAGGCCUGGACCUUAGUGCUGGGUUGGUGGUCACCUCUUUAAACAAGCCCUCCCGGUCACCCCCCCAGAACAGCCUGUGGCAUUAGUGUUGGGCUCCAGAGGAGGCCUGUUGGGGUGCCUCCAACACGAAAGAGAGGAAUGAGGGAACUCAGAAAGCUUGAUCUUCUCUUCCGUUCCUUGUACGGAUGGGUCCACCACCACCACCAUCUCCAUCAGAGGACUGGGACUCCUGUGGUUCCCACCCAACUGGAUUUUACAUUGCAGAGAUCAACCUGCAACCGUUUCUCUGAGGACAUCCUAAACUCCUCUUUUUUUUUUCUUUUGGUGGGGACAGUGGUCAUGAAAGACUAGUGUCGGGUGUGAGGGGGCCGUCUCUAUAGUCCCCCCCCCCCGAGUUUCACAAUUGCAGGACUGCUGGCAAAUUGUCUUUUUGUGUGGGCUGUGAAUGAAACCCGUUGGCUUAACAGGUAAUAUGUGCGUUUGGGUGCUUUCUCUCGGUGUUCGAUACAAAUGUUGUUUUUUUUUGUAUAUGUAGCAUGAAAAUGUUCUCCACAGAUGGUGAACUUGAGUCCUUCUCCACUCAACAGACCUUUUUCUCUCCGCUUUGAGGGCUUCCCCCCUUUCAUCCUCAGAGGCCGUGAUAUUUUUCAAAUGUACAUUUCAUCCAUUCUAGGAAAACUACCACGCAGUGUCCAUGCUAUGAUUCGUAGCUUGUAAUCUAAGGAUACAGCCAUGUCCUACAAGGAACCUAGGUCUUGUGACUUCCUGAGAACAUUUCUGGUUCCUUCAGUCGAAUUCUUGUUCGCAAAAUCUUGCCACCCUCCAUAUGGAGCCAAAUCAAGUGCCAGUGGUGUGAAUUGUCCGCCCACAGCUGCUGUACCUCCUUCUCCAAGUUCUUUUUUUACCCCUGCUUAAGUUUGUCUUCCACCUGCUGGGAAGAAGGGACCAGUUAUAGCUAUCUUGAGUGCCAUCCAGCAGGAGGACCAGCCAUUGUCAGUAGGCAGCAGUUCUUUACGCUCUCCCUUGGCAGGAGCCUGGGUAUAUUCACCUGCGGCCCCUGGAUGGGGCAGAGAUGUUUUCUAGGUGCCGCUUGGGUAGGGAAGAUCAUCAGGAACCCCCUGCAGACAAUAUUCUAAGACUGGAGAGACUGAAAAAGAACAUAAGUGUUUCUAAUAAGCAAUUGCAAUAUUUACAGUUGACGCAGUGUUUCCAUUGUAAAUUUUCAUUUCUCUAACGUUCUCAGCCUGGACGGCGGCAUUUUUGAGAUCUUUAUCCGGAAGCCCAUUCCUACUUUGCGAAAGAGAUUUAUUCUAACUUUUCAGCCAUUCUUGCAGGUUUCCUGCUCACAGAAUGGAAAAGGGUAUGGGGCAUUACCGAGAUUUGAAUGGUCUAGUCAAGCAUGCUGGAAAUAUUUAUUCAGUAUUUACCUUGGCGCCGUUUUGCUUUUCUUUUCUUUUUCUCAAAAGCCCAGUCUCUUCCCAUCCGUAACAGCCGGUCCUUUGGCUAGCAAGGAUAAGACUGCGGGAUCCUAUCCGGAAUUUCUCUCUCUUUUUUUUCCAUUUUGCCAUCAUUGCCAACUUAAUUUGGAAGGCACUAGGUUUCGGCAUCCUAGGGGCCAGAGCUACAUGGAGAAGCGCAAUAAGGAAAAUGUUUGUUUUCCGUAGUUGAAAUGGUAUUUCAGUUGUUAUUAGAUUGGGGGGGGGGGGUCUCCAAUUUUGGCAACUUUAAGCUUGGCAGACUUCAACUCCCAGAAUUUCCCGCCAAGCCUAAAGUGGCCAAAAUUGGAGAGCCCGGCUUAGAUACUUUUGGAUAACAGAUGGGCUAGAAUUAAAAGUCAACACAACCAGGGACAUCAGGUCCAAAAGGAUGAAUGAAGUGUGCCGGAUUCACAGCGCUAUAGGCUACCUGUGGGGUGGUUGUGUUUUUUUUUUUUUUUUAAGAUACUCCCUGUAAUACGGAAUAGUCUUGGUGAGCCCUUGGAGCAUUGCAUCGAAAAUGUUAUGGAGAAAACCUCCACCUUCCAGAAUCUGGGGGGGG